AUGUUGGACAUGGGAGAUAAGAAAGAAGUGAAGAUGAUCCCCAAGUCUUCGUUCAGCAUAAACAGCCUGGUGCCCGAAGCGGUGCAGAGUGACAGCCGCCAGCGCGCUGGCCCCGAGCACGAUGACAAGCCAUGCUUGCCAGCUCUCGACACCAAGCCGGAGAACGCCGGCGGCAAAAGCGAGAGCAGCUCGGCGGAUCCAGUCGGCUCGGACGACAAGGACAAGCCCGAGGAGAAGAAGGCCGACGGCAAGGAGGCAGACGCCGGCAAGGAGGGCGAGAAGAAGAACGGCAAGUACGAGAAGCCCCCGUUCAGCUACAACGCCCUGAUCAUGAUGGCCAUCCGUCAGAGCCCCGAGAAGCGGCUCACCCUCAACGGCAUCUACGAGUUCAUCAUGAAGAACUUCCCGUAUUACCGGGAGAACAAGCAGGGCUGGCAGAACUCCAUCCGACACAACCUCAGCCUGAACAAGUGCUUCGUCAAGGUGCCGAGGCAUUACGACGACCCUGGGAAGGGCAAUUACUGGAUGCUGGACCCAUCGAGCGACGAUGUCUUUAUAGGCGGCACCACGGGCAAGCUCCGCCGGAGAUCCACCACCUCUCGGGCCAAGUUAGCUUUCAAGCGGGGAGCGCGCCUCACCUCCACCGGCCUGACAUUCAUGGACAGGGCAGGUUCCUUAUACUGGCCGGUCUCGCCAUUCCUGUCCCUCCAUCACCCCCGAGCCAGCAGUACCUUGAGUUAUAAUGGAACCACCUCACCUUAUCCCAGCCACCCGAUGUCCUACAGCUCGGUGUUAACUCAGAACUCUCUGGCAAACAACCACUCCUUUCCAACUUCAAAUGGCUUAAGUGUAGAUAGACUUGUGAACGGAGAAAUUCCUUAUGCCACCCACCACCUAACGGCUGCAGCCGCCUUGGCUGCCUCGGUGCCGUGCGGUUUGUCUGUUCCAUGCUCCGGCACGUAUUCGUUAAACCCCUGCUCGGUAAACCUUUUGGCAGGACAGACAAGUUACUUUUUCCCCCAUGUUCCUCAUCCUUCAAUGACUUCUCAAAGCAGCACUUCAAUGACGGCUAGGACAGCGUCGUCCACGUCUCCACAGGCGCCUUCAACUCUCCCCUGUGAAUCUCUAAGACCUUCUUUGCCAAGUUUCUCCACAGGACUUUCUGGAGGACUUUCUGACUACUUCACACAUCAAAACCAGGGGCCCUCUUCAAACCCUCUAAUACACUAA